AUGGCCGUCUUAAAAGUGACAUUCACAAAGACAAAUAGAGACAAAUUGGCCCAGGUUUUAUGGGUGUUGAACUGGGUGUCCGUGGUAACAGGAGUUACUCUCUUCAGUCUGGGCCUGUUCCUAAAAGUGGAGAUUGAGAAGCGCCGCGAGCUGAUGUCAAAGGAGAUCGACUCAGUGCCAAACAUGCUUAUCUCCGUGGGCCUGACUGCCUGCGCGAUUAACUUUUUAGGGGGAAAGAUCUGCUACGACUGCGUGGACACCACCAAAUUCCUGCGAUGGAAGCUGCUGAUGCUGCCUUACAUCAUUUGUACAUUUUUCUUCACGUUUUGCAUCCUUGUGGGGGCCCUCAUGUGCUAUAGUAUGCGCAAUGACCUAGAGGAGUCGCUGUUUCAGGGCUUGCGCGACGCCAUGCGGUACUAUAAGGACACAGACAUGCCAGGCCACUGUUACAUUAAACGCACAAUGGACAUGCUGCAGAUGCAGUUUCAGUGCUGUGGCAAUGGAGAUUACCGGGACUGGUUUCACAUACAGUGGAUAAGUAGCCGUUACCUGGAUAUGACGAAAAGUGAAGUGGUGGAUCGACUACAGAGUAAUGUGGAGGGUAAAUAUCUGAUCGAUGGCGUGCCCUUCAGCUGCUGUAACAUACACUCUUCUCGACCCUGCAUCCAACAUCAAAUCACCAACAACUCGGCGCACUACAACUAUGAGUACCAGACGGAAGAAUUUAACCUUAAUCGAAAGGGCUGCAGACAUGCCCUUCUGGAUCACUACACAGACAUUAUGCAGUCUAUUGGUUUAAUUGUUCUUACCAUCUGGCUUUUCGAGGUGUCUGUGUUGACUGGGGUACGAUAUCUUCAGACAGCCAUGGAAAAUGUGUUGAGGUUAGGCGACCCUGACUCUGAGUCUGAUGGCUGGAUUCUGGAGAACAGCAUAGCAGACACAGCGCGUUAUAAUUUCAACAUCAUUAAGAACUUGGGCAAGUGCUACCAAGUUGACGAUGACCCCAAUAUUGAUGUACCGAGCACAAGUCAGCGACCACACGAGAACGUGCCUUCCAGUUAA